CAUGGCUGCUUUCAAACUUAGCUCGCGUUCUCGUCUCAGAAUAUCAUAUUCCCUUUCAACUUCAUCACUCCUUUUCAACAAAACCCUAACUCCCCAACUUCACACCAAACACUCAAACUAGGGCUCCCCACAUCCACAAGUACACUCGAGGGUUUUCUGUUGAGAUGUUUUCUUGUUGAAGUAUGAUUUUGGAGCUCACAAAGUAACAGAGAGAUGAUUGCAGAGAAGCCCAGUUGGAUUAGGCAUGAGGGUUUGCAGAUUUUCUCCAUUGAUGUUCAGCCUGGUGCAGUUAGGGUUGUCACUGGUGGGGGUGACCACAAGGUGCGAGUAUGGAACAUGAAAUCCCUGGGAAGGAAUUUAACAAAUGAAGAAUCAGCCCAGAGGCUACUUGCAACCCUCCGUGAUCACUUUGGUUCUGUGAAUUGUGUUAGGUGGGCUAAGCAUGGUCGGUAUCUUGCAUCAGGAUCUGAUGAUCAAGUAAUUCUAAUACAUGAGAAGAAGCCAGGUUCAGGAACCACUGAGUUUGGCAGUGGAGAGCCCCCUGAUGUUGAGAAUUGGAAAGUUGCUAUGACCUUGAGAGGGCAUACCGCAGAUGUGGUGGAUCUCAAUUGGUCUCCAGAUGACUCGAUGCUGGCCAGUGGAAGUUUAGAUAACACUAUACACAUCUGGAAUACAAGCAAUGGCAUUUGCAAUGCAGUUCUUAGGGGUCAUUCUAGCUUGGUUAAAGGAGUUACUUGGGACCCCAUUGGCUCCUUCAUAGCAAGUCAAUCAGAUGACAAGACUGUGAUUAUAUGGCGAACAAGUGACUGGAGUCUUGCACACAAAACAGACGGGCACUGGACGAAAUCACUUGGAUCUACCUUUUUCCGCCGGCUUGGAUGGUCUCCUUGUGGUCAUUUCAUUACUACAACUCAUGGCUUUCAGAAACCAAGAUAUUCUGCACCUGUUCUAGAGAGAGGGGAAUGGUCCGCUACAUUUGACUUCUUAGGACAUAAUGCGCCUGUGAUUGUGGUGAAGUUUAACCAUUCAAUGUUUAUGAGGAAUAUUUCCAAUGCUCAAGAAGGGAAAGCUGCACGUGUUGGGUGGACCAGUGGCAAUUCUAAAAUAGGAGGGAUAGAAAAAGAACUACAACCUUAUAAUGUAAUAGCAAUUGGGAGUCAAGAUCGUACGAUAACUGUAUGGACGACGGCUAGUCCCCGCCCUCUCUUUUUAGCAAAGCAUUUCUUCACUCAAAGCGUAGUGGAUUUAUCUUGGACUCCCGAUGGUUAUUCACUUUUUGCAUGUUCUUUGGAUGGUUCAGUGGCUACUUUCCAUUUUGAGGUGAAAGAGCUUGGGCACCGGUUAAGUGAUGCUGAGCUAGAUGAAUUGAAGAGAAGUCGUUAUGGGGAUGUCAGAGGUAGGCAGGUGAACUUAGCAGAAAGCCCAGCACAAUUAUUGCUUGAGGCAGCUUCUGCUAAGCAAGCUCCAAAGAAAAAGGUGGUUCGGGAUAUUCAGCCAAGCCAGUCAUUUAAACCUUCUGCUACUGUUGGGGUUGCAACAAAAGCAUCUGAGUGUCAGGUUGAUGAUAGGAAGAAUGGAGGAGCUUCUGCUGAUGGUCUAAACAACGAUCCAAUACCUGCCCAAAUUUCUAGUCCUGUACAGCAAAGAGAAUAUAGACGACCAGAUGGUCGAAAGAGGAUUAUUCCUGAAGCAGUUGGUGUGCCUCUCCAGAAAGUCGGGGCUCAGUCCCAGGCACUUGAUAGUGGUUUAGCUGGUGGUGAUAGGGCGAUUAAAGAAAAUUAUGUUAGGGAAUCACGUGUGAGAGGCACUGAAAUGAAGGACGGACAGCUGGUCACUGCUAGAGCUAUGAUUACGAACAGCCUUGUUAUUGAGAAGAUCCCCACCUCCACAGCUAGAGAUGAAAGCAUAAAUAUAGAACAGUCGGGAAUUGUGAAGGCUUCUAAUUCCAUAUGUGGUUCUGGUCCUGUUCUUUCCAUUACGGUGUUUGAUGAUAAGGAAGCGGAAGAUGCUGUGCCAUAUUGUUUGGAAGCAAGGCCUAAGGAACAUGCUCCAAAUGACAUAAUUAACAUGGGAAAUACAUUGAUCAUGCAAGAAACAGAAGUCACCUGCACAAGAGGCUUGCAAACACUUUGGUCUGAUAGAGUAUCUGGGAAAGUUACUGUUUUAGCUGGAAAUGCAAACUUCUGGGCUGUUGGUUGUGAAGAUGAAUGCAUCCAGGUUUACACAAAGUGUGGGCGACGUGCUAUGCCAACUAUGAUGGUAGGAUCUGCAGCAGUUUUUAUAGAUUGUGAUGAGGGCUGGAAGUUGUUUUUAGUCACCAGAAAAGGAUCCAUGUAUUUAUGGGAUCUAUUACAUCGGAACUGUCUCCUUCAUGAGUCACUGUCAUCUCUGGUUGCUUUAAGCCCAAAUCCUUCUUCAAACAAUGCAGGCAUGAUCAAAGUUAUAUCAGCAAAGCUAUCAAGAUCGGGAUCUCCCCUUGUUGUUCUCGCCACUCGCCAUGCCUUCCUUUUUGACAUGGGACUGAAGUGCUGGCUUAGGGUUGCAGAUGAUUGCUUUUCUGGGUCAAAUUUUGCAAGCUCCUGGCAUUUAGGUUUGACUCAGAGUGGUGAGUUGGCUGGUUUGCAGGUUGAUGUUAAGAAAUAUUUAGCUAGGAAGCCAGGUUGGACCAGGGUGACUGACGAUGGAGUACAGACUCGUGCUCAUUUGGAAGCUCAGCUGGCUUCUUUGCUGGCUUUAAAGUCCCCUAAUGAAUAUCGCCAAUGCCUACUAUCAUAUAUACGAUUCCUUGCCAGAGAAGCAGAUGAGUCUCGUCUACGAGAAGUCUGCGAGAGUUUCCUUGGACCUCCUACUGGAAUGGUGGAAGCUACUUCUUUAGAUUUAAAGAACAUGGCAUGGGAUCCUUUUGUGCUUGGAAUGAGGAAACAUAAGCUUUUACGAGAAGAUAUUCUUCCGGCAAUGGCUUCGAACAGAAAAGUGCAGAGAUUGCUCAAUGAAUUCAUGGAUUUAAUUUCUGAAUAUGGAAGUGCUGAAAUCGAUAAAGAGUCAAUAACUCAAACUUCACCAAAUGGUCAGUCAGCAGCUGUUCCAAUGGAGUCUGCUCCAUCAAGUAAAACUAAAAUGGAUUCUGUCCCUGUGGCAACUGAUCAAGCAAAGCCUGUUACUUAUCCAACUAAUCUGAAGGACUCCACUCGAUUAGCAACAGAGAGAAAAUUCGGAGUCAACAGCUCACGAUAAAGGUAAUACAGACCCACACGUUAGUCAUGCCCUAGAAGAGGCAGAUUCUUGAGUUUGCAUCUUCUCAAUCUCACCAUUGGAGGGAACGGAAGAGAUGGGUCAUACUAACAAGUAGUUAUAUCUUCAGAGUUUACUUCACCCUUGACUUAUCUAGGUCUAGAUCGGUGUCCAUUUCGCUACUCACCCAUUCUGCUCAAGAAAAGCCGAUGACAAGUUUGCUGCGGCGUCCUUUAUCCCUUAUAAGUGAACUUCUGGUGGUGUCCUUGCCGGAAGAAUCUUGAUCUCUUUGCAUAGUUGUAUCACUUCCAUGUAAUCAGCUUGAUGGAUUUUGUAUAAUGAUGAGAAGAACGAAGGAUUGGGGAGGGGGAGAGGUGGGUUGAU